AGACCGUAGCCGCCGCCGUCGCCGCUCCCCGGCUAGCCACGGCCCAGGCGGGAGCCGGGCCCGGGGACGGUCCGGGAGCGGGCUGACCGCUCCUGCUCCUGGCCAGGCCCUGCCCAGCUCCCGCGCCCUGGGCAUGGCUAGGGGAGGCGAAGAGAAGGCUGAGCCAGUCCCGGCCCCGAGGGCAGACAAAGGCGGCGCCAAGAAGAGGAGGAGGCCGUGGUAGCCACCCCCAGGGCCCGGCCGGGACGAGCACCGGGACGAGGACCGGGACGGCCACACGCACCCAUCCCCCGGGCGCGCUGCACUUGGCGCCCCUCGGGCAGCGCCCCCGGAGAGCCCCGCCCGACGCCCUCGGACCCUCGGACCAUGAGCGGAGGGACCUCGGGCGGCCGGGGAGACCCCGGGCAGCGGGCCGGGAGCCGGAGGCCGCCGCCGCCCGGGCUGCCCACCCUGCUGUCGCCCCUGCUGUCGCCCCUGCUGUCCCUGCUCAUCCUGCUGGGAGGGGGCUGCGGCCGGGCGGCCGGAGACGGACAGGUCGACGCCGAGAGCUGGCUGCGUUUGUACGGCUACCUCCCCCAGCCCAGCCGCCAGAUGUCCACCAUGCGGUCGGCCCAGAUCCUGGCUUCCGCCAUCUCUGAGAUGCAGCGCUUCUAUGGCAUCACGGUCACGGGGGUCCUGGACGAGGAGACCAAAGACUGGAUGAAGCGGCCACGCUGUGGGGUUCCAGACCAGUUUGGCGUGCGGGUGAAAGCUAACAUGCGACGGAAGCGGUACGCCCUCACCGGGAGGAAGUGGAACCACCGUCAGCUGACCUUCAGCAUCCAGAACUACACGGAGAAACUGGGAUGGUACCAGUCGUACGAGGCGGUGCGGCGGGCCUUCCGGGUGUGGGAACAGGCUACGCCCCUCGUCUUCCGAGAGAUCCCCUACGAGGACAUCCGGCUGCGGCGGCAAAAGGAGGCCGACAUCAUGGUGUUGUUCGCCUCUGGUUUUCACGGUGACAGUUCCCCCUUCGACGGCGUUGGGGGCUUCCUGGCCCACGCCUACUUCCCCGGCCCGGGCAUGGGUGGGGAUGCCCACUUUGACGCUGAAGAGCCCUGGACCUUUGCCAACACCGACGUAUAUGGUAACAACCUCUUCCUAGUAGCCGUCCAUGAACUGGGCCACUCUCUGGGCCUGGAGCACUCCAACAACCCCAGCGCCAUCAUGGCCCCCUUCUACCAGUGGAUGGACACCGAGGACUUCCAGCUGCCCGAGGAUGACCUCCGGGGGAUCCAGCAGCUCUAUGGAACCCCUGACGGCCAGCCCCAGCCCACCCAGCCCCUCCCGACAGUCACCCCGCAGCGUCCCGGCAGGCCGGACCACCGCCCGCCCAGGCCACCGCCGCCCGGGGGAAGACCGGACCGGCCCCCGAAGUCAGGCCCUCCCGCUCGGCCCCGGACCACCGACAGGCCCGAGCAGUACGGGCCCAACAUCUGCGAUGGAGGCUUCGACACCGUGGCCAUGCUGCGGGGGGAGAUGUUUGUCUUCAAGGGCCGCUGGUUCUGGAGGGUCAGGCACAACCGGGUGCUGGACAACUACCCUAUGCCCAUCGGGCACUUCUGGCGGGGGCUGCCCAGCGACAUCAAUGCUGCCUACGAGCGCCACGAUGGGCGCUUUGUCUUCUUCAAAGGGGAUCGGUACUGGCUGUUCCGCGAGGCCAAUCUGGAAUCUGGCUACCCGCAGCCGCUGUCCAGCUAUGGGGUGGGCAUGUCUUUCGACCGCAUUGACACCGCCAUAUGGUGGGAGCCCACCGGGCACACCUUCUUCUUCCAGGAGGACAGGUACUGGCGCUUCAAUGAGGAGACUCACUCGGUGGACCCUGGCUACCCGAAGCCCAUCAGCGUCUGGAAGGGGGUCCCGUUGUCCCCUAAAGGCGCCUUCCUGAGCCCAGAUGCAGCCCACACCUACUUCUACAAGGGCACCAAGUACUGGAAGUUUGACAACGAAAGGCUGAAGAUGGAACCCGGCUACCCCAAGUCCAUCCUGCGGGACUUCAUGGGAUGCCACGAGGCGGCGGCGGACCCCGACGGCGGGCGCCGUUGGCCCGACCUGCACCGCCCGCCCUUCGACCCCGACGGCGGCGGCGGCGAGGGGGACGGGGAGGGGCGGGACCCGGAGAAGGACGGGGGCGACGGAGACCGCCGAGUGGUGGUGCAGAUGGAUGAGUACACGCGGACCAUGAACGUGAUCGUGGUGCUGGUGCCCCUGCUGUUGCUGCUCUGCGUCCUGGGCCUCAUCUACGUCAUCGUCCAGAUGCAGCGGAAGGGGGCUCCCCGGGUGCUGCUCUACUGCAAGCGCUCCCUGCAGGAGUGGGUGUGACCUCCGACCCCACCCCGGCCCCCCUCCCCUCCACGUGGUGCUAACCCAUAGAGCUAGACGGCGGUCUCAUCCCGCAGACCCCAAGACGACGCUCCCCACCCACGCGGUCCGGCUCGGCUCGGGCCCGGAGGCCGGCCGGGCCCCGCUCCGGACGGGGCGGUCCCGGCUCUGACUCCCGCCGGCCGGGCGGCCGCCUCCCCGGCUCUCGUCUCCCAGCACCCCGCAGCUGGGCCCCGGCGCCGGAAGGCGUGCCGCGGGGUGGAUUUAAGAGCGUCGCUCCCGCCCGUCCUGCCACCAAGCGCUGGUGCUAACCCGAACCCAGAGAAACCGCCCCCCUUCCCCCCUCACCCUAUAGUCUAUUUAUACUGAGAUUUAAAAACAAUUUUUUUUUUGCACAUCGAUCCGCGUCCGCUCGUCCGGGAUGCCCCCCCCGGUGUUGUCGCACGAGGGUGGCAGCCUCUCCCUCCGGCCUCCUCUGGGGAGCCUCCCUGCCUCCCUCAUCCCCGCCUCACGUGCGCCUUGGGGUUUCCCGCGUCUGGAUCAGUGGGUGGUGAUGCCGACGAUGGCAAGGGCAGGGAGCGGGCAACUCCGGCCCCCUCCACCACAGAGGCUCUGUCCUGGAGAGAAGGCUGGCGGGGACGGGGGGGACCACGGCUUCUCCACAGCCGGUCCCCGGGCAGGGGUGAGGCCGGGUGUCCCCCCAGGCCCGGAGCGCCUGGAUCCUUAGCGAGCCAAGGGGCCGAGCUUGCUCUGCUCUGGGAGUGCCAAUCCCUGAGGAAAGGAUGAGGGGCAGGGCCCCCCACUGACCCGGGCGUAGGCGGUCACUCAAUCCCGGCCUUCCCUCCCCGACCCCCUCGGGCCGGGAACCGGACCAACCUCCAACGGGGCUACAUUAAUCGAUCAACCUAUCGGCGGUGUUUAUGGAGUGCUUACCCUGGGCCAAGCACUGUCCUAAGCGCGUGGGAGAGUACAGUAUAAGAGAGUUGGUAACACAAUCCCUGCCCUCGAGGAGCCUAUAGUCUUGUGGACAUUAGCAGUGUCCUCCCCUCCCACUCCAGGGUGGUUCCCGCCAAUCAAGCCCCGCCUGUCCCUCCUGGGAUAGACGGAGGUCUCCGGCUAUAUUCCUCCCCCACCCCGGUCCAUUGUGCAUGUGUUAGGUGAGCCCCCGGGGCUCUUCCACAAGCUGUACGAGCCCAACCAUCCAGUGGUCACGAAUGCCCACCACCCUGAGCUCUGUGGAGGAACGGUGCUAAAUACAUUUAACGGAACAAAACAAAAAAAAGACCGAGGGGAGCCACACCGUUAGUUGACCAAGGGGCAAACUGGCCAAAAACGGGGUUAGAAUAACGAUCCUAGAACUGGAAGGGACUCGGUGAGGUCAUCGGGUCCAGCCUCCCGCUUCCGGUCAGGUUUCUCAUCUCAACCUGGAGUCUCGGCAGGAGCAGCCGGCUCGAGAUCCGGUCACCCGCCGGGGAGCCGUGGGAAGGAGGAAUUCGGGCCGACGGCGUCGCGGUGGCCGCCCCCGGCCCCGGGCGGAACACGUCUCUCCUUUCUCGACGGCUCCCGAAGUCCCCUUUGCCGGCGCCCCCCCGGCGUCAGGGCCUGAGCCGAGCCGGGUGGGAUGUCCUGGUCCCUCUGCCCGUCUGGGUCCCCCAAGUUCUGCCUCCGACCUGGGGACCCCACGAGGGAUGGGAAGAUGGGAACCAUGACCGAAACCGCCGGAGAGAGGGAGGACAGGGCAAGGCUCGGCGGACCAGAGGGUAGCAAGAUCAGGGGUGGCCGGUCAGCACCCCGGGGGGUUCCGGGCGCCGACCUCCCUCGGUUUCCCCUCAGGGAGGCCCGGGCCAGAUGGGGGCCGGCAGCCUGCCCCGGGGGCCGCCGGGCCUCGAGGACAGAGAAGAUAGCCUGGGGCUUACAUCGUCUCACUUGCUUCCCGUUCCCCUUUGGGAACUGGGGAAGGGAAGGGGAGCUGCCUUGGAGAGGAGCGUUCUCAGUUCCUCCCGCCCUCCCCGGGUGGGAAAGUCAGGCUGGAAGUCUAAAGGCGCGCUUCUCUGUCUCUUCCCACCUCAUCCCCCCGAAAGGGGCCGGGCAGCCCCUGCUGCGGCCUGGCCCCGGUGUGCUCUGGCCGAGGGAGGAGGCCGAUGGAGGAGAGGCCCCCGUGGCCCAUCCGGCCCGGAGAGCCUCUUCUCCAUCCAUUUCCUCCCUUCCCCUCCCCCUUCCCUUUCUGAAACAAACAAGCGGGGAGCGGUACUGCGAAUCCACUCCUGGAGCUCUCCGCCCCAGCCCGCGGCAGCCCCCGGAGAGGCCGGGGCUUCCGGCGGCAGGCCAGGAGGGCCGCGUCCCACGGCCCGGCGAGGAGCCGGGGGGCCGGGGAGGGUGGACUUGUCAAAGCGAACCUUAGGGGUAACCCACAGCGGGGAUUUUAAGCAGAAACGUUACAACGUGAAAGCUCCUCAGACGGGGCCACCUCCCCCUCUCAACCACUGACCUUUUCCCUGCUCCCGGCCCGAGGCGGAAAUGGACAGGAUAAGGUCUCUCCACCCCUCUGGAGAGCGUGGAGCCUCUCCUCUGACCUCCUAGGUGCCGAGGUGUCCCAAGCAUCCUCUACGGCCCUAGCGCCGGGAGGGUUAAAGGCCCCCGUGUACAUUUCUGUAAAUAAUCCGCGCUUAUUAAAUUGUACAUACGGCGUC